CACUAGAGACGCCGGUACCGGAACCAUGCUCGCAGUACUGGUACCGGCAUUCUCCGUUCUGACACCGAAGUCCCCCAUACAGACGCUGGUACCGGCUCCCAGUGCUCCGGCACCAUGGCCCUGUUCACAGUACCGGCACCGUGCUCCCGGUACCGGCACCAUGGCGCUGUUCACGGUACCGGCACCGUGCUCCCGGUACCGGCACCAUGGCGCUGUUCACGGUACCGGCACCGUGCUCCCGGUACCGGCACCAUGGCGCUGUUCACGGUACCGGCACCGUGCUCCCGGUACCGGCACCAUGGCGCUGUUCACGGUACCGACACCAUGGCGCUGUUCACGGUACCGGCACCGUGCUCCCGGUACCGGCACCAUGGCGCUGUUCACGGUACCGGCACCGUGCUCCCGGUACCGGCACCAUGGCGCUGUUCACGGUACCGGCACCGUGCUCCCGGUACCGGCACCAUGGCGCUGUUCACGGUACCGGCACCAUGGCUCUGUUCACGGUACCGGCUCCCAGUGCUCCCGGUACCGGCACCAUGGCGCUGUUCACGGUACCGGCACCAUGGCUCUGUUCACGGUACCGGCUCCCAGUGCUCCCGGUACCGGCACCAUGGCGCUGUUCACGGUACCGGCACCAUGGCUCUGUUCACGGUACCGGCUCCCAGUGCUCCCGGUACCGGCACCAUGGCGCUGUUCACGGUACCGGCACCAUGGCUCUGUUCACGGUACCGGCUCCCAGUGCUCCCGGUACCGGCACCAUGGCGCUGUUCACGGUACCGGCACCAUGGCUCUGUUCACGGUACCGGCUCCCAGUGCUCCCGGUACCGGCACCAUGGCGCUGUUCACGGUACCGGCACCGUGCUCCCGGUACCGGCACCAUGGCGCUGUUCACGGUACCGGCACCAUGGCUCUGUUCACGGUACCGGCUCCCAGUGCUCCCGGUGGGACAGUGAGGUGUCUUUGCCUGCUGCGGGGGUCCGUCUGUCUGUCCGAAGUGCAGCACAGGGGCGCCCUCACCCUCCCCCCCUCCCCAGCCGCUGCCACAUGA